ACUUUUCUCAAAAACAAAGAAAUUCUUGUUAUGUCGGGAGCAAUUUUGUGAUAUAUUUUUUUUGUAAUACAAAAUUUUCCGUGAUUGCUGACGGCUAUGAACGAAUGGUGAGCGCAAGCAGCGACGGUAUGGAGACGGACGAGGAUAAGAAGAAAAAGAUCAAUGAUGACGUAGUCGUGUUUCUGGGGAAACGGAGCGAGACGGACGCGCCCCGUUAUUCUGCUCGUCUGAAGACCUACGUUACGUUGCAGCAGAAGCGACGGAGAGCAUCGGCCGCGCGGCGACACUCUGAGUAUGCCGUUCGCAAGAAGAGAAUGACAUCUGGUAGUAGGAAGAAGAUCGAGCCUGAAUCAAAAGAUAAGAACGUGGAGAACACUGAACAGCUAGGUGAGGCAGACGAGCGUAGGAAAGCCCGCGGUGGAGAUGGUAUGCGUAAGAGAUCGCUGUCUCGGUCGGGAACGGGCGAGCCGUCGGAUGCUUGUUGUGGACGCAGGCGACGUCGUUCGUGUGGACGUCGUAAGCGCCGCCGUCGUAGUGGCAGACGACGUCGCCGUCGUAGUCGAAGUCGCCGUCGUCGCCGUCGUAGCUGCCGUCGUCGACGACGCAGGCGCCGCCGUUGCCGUUAGACCACUCAUUGUUUAUAUUUGUGAUGAAUGGUAAAGGUCUAAUUAUACAAAAUUUUAGUGAUGUUUGUACCAAUUUUGUUCAUUUUAUUAUACAAUUUUUUUAUAA